AUGGCGAGAGGCAAAUCGCCGCCGUCUCUUCUCUCCGUACUCUCUUUCCUCCUCCUAUCGGGCCUUCUCCUCGAAAUCAACGGCCACGAUUUCUCGAUCGAGGAAGCCACAGUCGACGAAAUACGCCGCGCGUUCGCCGAGAAAAAGCUAACUUCCCGCCGCCUCGUCGAGUACUACCUGGACCGCAUCAAAACCCUAAAUCCUGCGCUCCGAGGCGUGAUUGAGGUUAACCCAGACGCGCUGGACCAGGCGGAGGCGGCCGAUCGUGAGAGGGAGGCGGGCAAUGGCGGCCUCCCGCCGCUGCACGGCGUGCCGGUGCUUUUGAAGGACAGCAUAGCUACGCGCGACGAGAUGAACACCACGGCAGGGUCGUACGCGCUGCUCUGGUCGGUGCCGCCGCGCGACGCGGGGGUGGUGGAGCGGCUGAGGAGAGCUGGGGCGGUGAUUCUGGGGAAGGCGAGCAUGAGCGAGUGGUACCACUUCCGGUCGCCGGGGAUUCCUGAUGGGUGGUGCGCCAGAGCUGGUCAGGGCGUGAAUCCUUACGUAAAGGAUGGAAAUCCAUGCGGUUCAAGCAGUGGAUCAGCAAUAUCGGUGGCUGCCAACAUGGCAAUGGUAUCUUUAGGGACCGAAACUGAUGGAUCCCUCAUUUGCCCGGCCGAUCAUAACUCAGUUGUGGCUAUCAAGCCUACUGUUGGGCUCACCAGUCGAGCCGGUGUUAUCCCACUUUCUCCUCGUCAGGACACUGUUGGGCCCAUCUGCAGAACAGUUUCUGAUGCUGUUUAUGUGCUGGAUUCUAUCGUUGGCUUUGAUUCGAGAGACUCAGAAGCAACAAAGACAGCAGCGAAGUUUAUUCCUGUGGAUGGAUACACACAGUUCCUCAAUAAAGAUGGGCUCAAGGGUAAGAGAUUGGGUGUAGUAAGAAACCCAUUUAUGGCCCUUUCAAAUGUAUCGUCAAGGAGCCCAAUAUUCGAAACCCAUCUUCAAACACUGAGGGAUAAAGGUGCAACCGUACUAGAUGAUUUGGAAAUACCCAACAUUGAUGUCAUCUUGGACCCUUUACAAAGUGGUGAGUUGCUGGCUUUGAUGGCUGAGUUCAAGCUUAGCCUUAAUGACUAUUUGGAGGAGUUGAGUGCUUCGCCAGUGAGGUCGCUAUCUGACAUCAUAAUCUUCAACCAGAACAAUCUUAAUUUAGAGUUAUGUCAAGAAUUAGGUCAAGACAUCCUCCUUGCUGCGAACUCGACAAACGGCAUUGAAAACGAGCAGAGACAGGCAGUCGAGACUAUGGAAAGACUAUCACAAGACGGAUUCGAGAAGUUAAUGAUUGAAAAUGAGUUGGAUGCGAUGGUGACUUUAAGUUGGGAUGCCUCGACUGUGCUUGCAAUAGGAGGAUUCCCCGGAAUCACGGUGCCAGCUGGCUACGACGCGAACGGAAUGCCUUUCGGAAUUUGUUUUGGUGGCCUGAAAGGCUCGGAGCCUGUGUUGAUCGAGAUUGGGUAUGCCUUUGAGCAAGCUACUCGGGUCCGAAAGCCUCCCCCUCCUUUGAAGUUGGCUGAUUUUCUUCAUGCAAGCAUUUGA